GCUUCGAAGAUGCAGUUUUCAUGGCUUCUUCAUAUGAUUGAAAAGCCAUGAAGGAAGAAAAAGAUAGUUUAUUAUUUAAUAUUUCUCAGCUUCUGUGGGUCAAAGAAAAUUUGAGGGAGUCCUGGUCAAUGACAUUUAGGUGGAUGGAUUUGAGCGAUUGGUUAUCAUAUAGAGCAACAGGAGAUGAUACUCGAAGUCUAUGCACAACAGUCUGCAAAUGGACUUAUUUGGGCCAUGCGCAUAUGCAACAGAUCAAUGAGACAGAUUCCCGUGACAUGGAAGCUCUUGGAUGGGAUGAUGACUUCUGGGAGGAAAUUGGUUUAGGCGAUCUUGUGGACAGCCAUCAUUCCAAGAUAGGACGCAGUGUAGCUUUUCCCGGUCAUGCUUUGGGCUGUGGUCUGACACCUAAUGCCGCAAAGGAACUGGGUUUACUAGCUGGGACACCAGUUGGUACAUCGUUGAUAGAUGCUCAUGCUGGUGGUGUGGGGGUCAUGGAAAGUGUGCCUCCAGAAAUAAUAGAACAUGAACCAGCAGAUGGGGAUGAGACAAUAUGUCAUCGCAUGGUGUUAGUAUGUGGAACUUCCAACUGCCAUAUGGCUAUAUCUAAGACCAAGUUGUUCAUUCCAGGGGUUUGGGGACCAUUCUGGUCAGCUAUGGUGCCUGAGUAUUGGCUUACGGAAGGAGGCCAGAGCGCUAGUGGGGCAUUAUUUGAACACAUCUUGGAGGGCCAUCCUGCCUAUCAAGGCCUGGCUAACAGAGCAGCUGCUCGAAGUAUUUCAGUGUAUGAGCUUCUGAAUGAGAUACUGGAAAAAAUGCUAAUGAAUGAAAUACUGGAAUCAAUGAAGCAAGAAAUGAGUUCUCCAUUUCUUGCUGCUUUGACCAAAGACAUCCAUGUGCUUCCUGAUUUCCAUGGAAACAGAUCUCCUAUUGCAGACCCAUUAUCCAAAGGGGUGAUAUAUGGCCUUACUAUUGAUACAAGUGAGAGACAGCUGGCUCUUUUAUACCUUGCCACAAUACAAGGUCUAGCUUACGGGACACGACAUAUAGUUGAACAUUGCAAUGAGAAGGGGCACAAGAUUGAUACCUUACUUGCAUGUGGUGGGCUUACCAAAAAUCCUUUGUUUAUUCAAGAGCAUGCAGAUAUCACAGGUUAUCCCAUUACUCUUCCUCGGGAAAACGAAGCUGUGCUGUUAGGUGCUGCUAUUCUUGGUGCUGUUGCUUCGAAGACGUAUUCCACUGUUAGAGAGGCCAUGAAAGCACUAAAUGCACCUGGCCGGGUGGUUUAUCCCUCUCACGACCCAAAAGUAAGGAAGUAUCACGACACUAAGUAUCGUAUCUUCCGCGAUCUUUACGAGCAGCAACUAUCCCAGCGUGCAAUGAUAAAGGAAGCUCUUUCAGAUGUCUAGACUUUGGAAUGGAGAUUGUGAAGUUGAAGAUAGAAUAAUAAGUUUAGUAAGUAUUUUACUUAAAUACAAUUUGUUUACACGAAUUAUACAUUGAAUAUGUAUGGAAUAUUACAGCCUAUUGCCUGUGGAAGUUUACAGGUAUAUAAAUAUUGAACGCAAUAAAGAGACAACAUAGUUGCUA